ACACCAACCCACCACUAAAAUAGAAAUGAGACACUACAAUUUAUGAGAUUAGACUGCUGUUAUAUUAUGCUAUUUUAUCAGACAUAAACGAGUUUGAAAUUACUGUUCUAAACUGAAGUAAGUUAUUUGCUGAUUUUUAGGCCCGUUUUAAUAUUAUUUAGGAGACAUACAUAAGCUGAAAUUAAAUUAUGUGAAUGGAAUGAACUGAAAUUCUGUAGUGCUUCCCUUGGCCAUUUCUAACAAAUUCCUGUGGCUCGUAAGUCACAAUUUAUUCCGUAUAAUAUUAGAAAGUACAAAUAAUGGUGUAAACAACUAAAAUGCUCUAUGACAAUGAGCAGAGGUAGGAAAAACAUAAACUUCGGCGCUUGCCAUGGCCGACGAAAAGCCCAAGGAAGGAGUCAAGUCGGAGAACAAUGAUCAUAUUAAUUUGAAGGUGGCGGGGCAGGAUGGUUCUGUGGUGCAGUUUAAGAUUAAGAGGCAUACACCACUUAGUAAACUAAUGAAAGCCUAUUGUGAACAACAGGGAUUGUCAAUGAGGCAGAUCAGAUUCCGAUUCGACGGGCAACCAAUCAAUGAAACAGACAUACCUGCACAGUUGGAAAUGGAUGAUGAAGAUACAAUUGAUGUGUUCCAACAGCAGACGGGAGGUGUCUACUGA